UGAAGAAAUGUCGAAAAGAUUUCAAAGCAAUCUCGACCAAAUUCGAACACCAGGCCCUUGGACGUGAUGAGCAGUGAUAUCUGUCUUUCGCCAAAAGGUGCUCAAGAGGAUAAUCAGAAAUGAGCAAGGGAAAAGAAGCAGGAAAAAUACAAGUCUACGUCCGUGUACGUCCUUUUACGGAGAGAGAAAAGGACAAACGAGAAGUGAAUGCGAUUGAAAUUCAUCAAGAGCACUCGCUGAUACGUGUAUUGGACCCACGAAGCCGAACAAACUAUUUUUUUGAUGGCGUAUUUAGCCCAGAAGCAUCCAACCAAGAGGUAUAUCUUAAGGUCGGAAAACCUCUCGUCUACGCUGCACUGAAUGGCUACAAAGGAACACUGCUGACAUACGGACAGACCGGCACAGGCAAAACCUUCACACUUCUGUCAGAUGAUGGCGUUACCACGCGAGUUGUGCAGCACUGCUUUGAAAAAAUCGCCAGCGAUGAGAUUCACAACUACAAGGUGAUGUGCUCAUUUCUACAAGUCUACCAAGAGAAGGUCUACGAUCUAUUAAAUCCGCGGUUCACGGUAGAUUUACCAGUAAGAGAACAUCCAAAAAAAGGUGUAUACGUAGCAAACUUGACCCAACACGAAGUGAAGAGUGCCGGAGAUGUGUUUGCACUCUUGGAAAUAGGGAAACAACAUCUGGUUAUAGCGGAAACCAAGAUGGUCCGGCACUCCAGCAGAUCACACUCAAUCAUGCAGCUUAUUAUAGAAAGAAGACUAAAAGCGCACAUUGCUAAUGAAAAACCACCAACCCAAAGCAAAACUAGUGUGUCCCACGAGGUAGUUCAAGAAUCUAUCAUGGCAGUCGAUGAGACAAUUAACAAUCUCAUAAAGGAACUGAAACAAGAGAGAAAAAGUCAUCACAAGCGUGAACGAGAGUGUUUGAAAGAGUUAAUGGAGAAAGAGCUCAAUAACGGGAACAAUUUUGAGGGCGAUCUCAUUGUGAAAGGAAAAAUCAAUUUGUGUGAUUUAGCUGGAAGUGAGAGGCUAACCAAAACCAAAGCGGAAGGAGUGCGGCUGACGGAGGCGAAAUAUCUAAACACUUCACUACUGGAGCUUGGGAAUGUUAUUCACGCCCUUGCACGUGGACAUAAGCGUCACGUGCCAUACAGAAAUUCUACGCUAACCAGACUCCUGCAGGACUGCCUUGGUGACAAUGGAAAAACAAAUUUUAUCAUCUGUAUAGCACCUUCCCUCGGUGAGGUGAACGAAACCAAGUGCAGUUUAAACUUCGGUCUUCGAGCCAUGAGAAUAACCAAUGUGGCCCGCCUUAAUGUUGAGGUGGACUAUAAAGUUUUGGCUGAACGACUGGCAAAAAAACUCGAGGAUCAAGAAAUUAAAAACAAGUUCGAGAAGCUGGAGUACCUCAGAGAAAUACAGCGGCUGAAAUCCGCAAUAAGCUGUUACCAGGAGAGCGAGAAUUUCGCUGGCAAAGAUCACGAGAAGUUAGUCACAGUAAUUGCUAAUCUUUCCAAGAGUGUCCAACGGGAGAAAGAGGAGAAGAAUAACCUUCAAACAGAGCUGGUGUGCCUGAAGAAGCAAGUAUCUCAACCAAUAGGAACAAGCGCUCCUGAUGUCGAGGCUGUUUUACUGGCCGAGCUUAUGUCCAUGGAGCUGUUAGCAAAUUUGCAAAACCCGGAUGCAGCUAAGGGGAUCCUUUCAGAUGGCUCACUUUCAGCCAAAGUUAAGAGUCAUCUGGCAUUGGCUGACACCCAAGAAACGCUUUUGAACAAUGCUGGGUGUUUCUUGCAGUUGUUAGACCUCCAUCUGGAUACUGAACUGGAUGCAAACGAAAGGAAGCGGGCAGCUUCCGAGGCCAAGGAAUACCUGCAAUUUAAUUUCUCUAGGGCGGGAUCGGUGGAGUUGUUCUCCAAAGACUGCUCCAUUAAAAUUUCUCCAAGGGGCGUCCCUAAAGAACCCUGUCUCAGCUUACCCAUGUACAAUAGCAGUCCUGAUGAAAAUUCCUCUGGACUGGCGGGUGGAGUGCGCAGAAUGUUGGGUAAACUCAUGGGACGAGAGAGCAAGGACAGAACGUCAGUUUCGCCUGGCACACAUUCCAGCAGCCAAGCAUGCUCUGUUCCGAGUGGUGACGUUACCCAACGUGUGCAUGAUCAGGAAGAAACCAUGAUUAAAACCAAGGCACUGUUAACACGCCUAACAAGCUCCAAAGAGAAGGUGGAGCAGCAAGUUCUCGGUCUAUUGUCGACGUUGUUUGACGAACAAAUCGCAAAAAAUGAAGGGCAAUGUCCGCAAUGGAACGAGCUGGGAAAUAAACUGACUAAGCUGAUCAUGUUCCGACGCAAUAACAUGCCUGGUUUAAGCGAAGCAGAUAUGUGGGCUAACUCUGAAGACUUGAACGCAAUCUUGGAGAAUUGUCUUCGUUUUGUCAUCAUUGAUAAAGCUCUGCUGGCUUGUCUUCUGGUAAUUGAGCUGCUGGAUCUGAGACAGGUAUGUGGAACACUAGAGGAAAAAAGAAAGCUUCCUACCCAAAAUGCUCCAGGAGAGAGCACCGCUAUGGACUCUUCGCCUCAGAGCACGCCUCCAAUAAAGACAACUGGUAGUAAGAAGAACUCUUCUAACAGCAAAGAGAUUGGGUCAAUUUCGCCAACAGCAUCCAUUUCACCGAGACGAGAGAAACUGAAAUCUCUGAAACACACCAAAACAGAACUGGAGAAGGAAAUAACUGAGAUGCACGAAGACACAACAUUUCUUGAAACAGAACUAUUUUCGACGAUGGAAGAGAGAACAAAGGUCGAGGAAGAACUGUAUGGUAUCAAGAGCCACGUGACAAAACUUCGAUCGGAAUUGUUUCACCUAAAGCUCGAAAAAUCUAACUUGGAAAGUGACGUCAAAAAAUCAAAAAGCCAAGAAAAUUUAGAGCAAAGUGAAGAUUCCGACGGAGCAAAGUCCACUUUCGAGUCACCAAAGGAACCUGUUCCCCGAGGAUAUCCUGAACUCUCGGACGUCUUAGAGGCUUCGCAUGAGAGCAACGACAGCGAAAACAGUUCCCAGAUGUCUGAUGGAAAUGAAACUAGAGAGGCCUUCUUGAAAACGUGUAUGGAAAAUAUCUCAAAAAUUUACACGCUUAUGCCGGAAGAUGCUGAGGAAAUAGCGAGUGAGGAUGAAAUGUCCGACGAGCAAGAACCAACACUUUCCGAUGCAAACAUUGACGACAGUGAUGAAGAAAUCAUUAUCACCAAACUUGCCCGAAGCCUUCGCUCACCUUGCGCAAGUCCCAAUAAAGAAAAAGUGUUUGAAACGUCACCGCCGUACAAGAGUGGACAGAAGCAAGCAGUUGUCGGUGACGUUAAAAAAGAUAAAAGCAACACUGGAAAUGAAGUAAAUGAGGACAUAGGGAAUAAAUCGAGAGAUGCAUUAAUCAAACAAAUACAAGAACUCAAGAGGAAACUGCACAAAGCUGAAAAUGAGUUAAAUGAAGCCCGAGAAGCAAACGAAGAUUUGGAGGAGGAACUGGAUCACAAAAAAGGCCAGCUGGCAGAAGCACAAGUAACCAUAACAAACCUUGAAAACCAGAUCGUCGAUGAAAAAGAAACAUGUGAAGAGGUGCGACAACAGUAUUUCAAUGUCAAAACCCAAAACGAAAUACUCGAUGGAAAGCUGAAGGCUUUACGAUCGGAAACGGAGAGACUUUUAAGAGAUAGCAAUAGUAGCAACGCUGUUUUCAGAUCGCCGGAAAGUUCACGUAGAGAUAAUCCACCACUAUCACCAACCAAGACAAAAGCGAAGUCUCCACUAAGGUCUCCUACUAAAGCAAAGGUUCCUAAAAUUGAUCUGCGAACUCCCCCUCAGAAGCAAGUUAUUGCAAAUGAGAUUGAAUUCAUUUCUCUGGUGGAAGAAAAUGCAGAGCUCAAAGUCAAGUUAGGGAAUGCAACACAGGAAAAAACUCGUUUAGAAAAAUCACUCAAAAUUGUAGAAGAAAAAUCCUUCAAGCUGAAAACUGUCAUUCAAACCAGCGAGGAUGCCUGCAGUCGGAUCAGAGAGGAAGUGUCAGCGAUCACCAAGGAAAAGGUUAGGCUUUCCGGUGAGAUAACAGAUUUACGGAAUACAAAUUCGAGCAUGGCAGAAGAGCUUCAGAAAUACCGGGAAAAAUCAACUCGUCUGGAGAAAGAUAUCGAAGCAAUCGCUUACAUGAGCACGCGACUAGAGAAAAACAACAAAAUACUCGAAAUGGAAAUAUCAAAAAUGGAAUCUGAACUAUGCUCUUGGAAAACCAAGCACGAGUCGAUGUCUCAGGAAUGUCAAAGACUUGACCAGGAAAACCAAAUAGCAAGGAAGGAUCGAGAAAAAGCUCUGCUUGAGCUGGGAGCUAUCAAAAAAGAGAAAAGUCAGUUGCUGGAGCAACGGUUUUCAAUAAACGAAGAAACGGUGAGAAGAGAGAAGCAACUUGAGGACAAAGAGGAACGAUUCUUUGAGUUGGAGGUUGAAGUGACCGAACAGAAACGGCUUAAUGCCAACCUCCAAAAGGAGCUGGCAGGUAUGGCAGAGUAUCAAGAAGCGUUAGAAAGUGAAUACUCUAAAGCAAAGAACGAAGAAGACAAGCUGAAGCAAGAACUGGGUAGAAUUAGUUCUCGAGUAAUUGAAGUUGAGACGCAACUUGCAUCUGCUUCACAAAAUACCCAGGACUAUGGGUUAAGCAUUGAACAAAAGUCUAAUAGUUUGAGCCUUCGAACCACUCUUAAAGACGAGCCGAGCCACAGAGGAAAAUCAUUCAGUGGAACACCCAGUAAAAAGUUUUAUACCAUUACUCACACAAGUGAAGACGAAAUUGCCGACACAUCCUCCUCUAUAGCAGAAUCACCCGCAGAUGAAAGCAAGCAGGUAGAACACGAAAAUCAGCUUUUGAAACUCGAAAAUGGCUACUUACAACAACAGUUGGCGGAGAGUGAGCACGUCCUUGCUCUGUACAGGCAAGAUCUGGAGAGCGCUCACGAUCUCAUCGACAAACUACAAGCGGAGAUGAAGAUAUUUACUGAUAAAACAAAGAAUGAUGCAACUGAAGACGAUUGCAAAACGCCGUCAGACAAGGAUGACACUGUCCAAGAGAUUGAAGGUUGCUCAGCCAUUGCAAACGAAGAAUACAGGUUACUUGAAGAAAAGCACGUUGAACUGACGAGAGAAUACGAGAUUCUUCGACAGCAAUAUCAAGAGGCAGUCACUGAGAAGGAAGGAGGAAACGACAGAGAGGCAACUGCAAAUGCAGCUUUGAAGAAGGUCACAUUCGUUGGUGAAAAAGCCAGCAAGAAAAUCACAACAUCCCAAAGAGAUGUUGUACAUCCGCAGAAUACCCUGCACGAUCGAAUAAAAGAGUUGGAUAGUGAAAAUAUGAAGCUAAAAGUAGCUGAAGAAGAACUAGAAAAGGGUCUGAAUGCAAACAACCAGCUAAUAAGGUCACUGGAAGAUGCAAAACGGGUACAAACGACGCUGGAGGAAAGAAUAGCCAAUUAUGAAAGUGAAAGGAAAGAUAACAAAUUGAGGCAAACAUACAUGGAAGAGCAAGUAGCCCGUUUAAAGGAGGAGAACGAGAAGUCAAGAGCUGAAGUACUUGAGCGCACUAUAAGUACCAGUCACCCGUUAAACCAUCAGCAAACUGCAGGUGAUGUCCUACAUGGCAAAAGAGCUGUUGACAAUGAAAACAAACUGCGUACGCUUGAGGAGGAUCUCCUGAAAGCUACUAGCGAAAAACUAAAACUAGAAUUUGAAUUAAGAAGUGCAAACGCCGAUUGUGAACGGCUAAAGAGUGACCUUCAUCAAAGCGAGUCCGAAAGGAACUUGUUAACCACCCAACUUAAUGACAACAUAGAGCGAGCAGCAAACCUUGAAAUACGACUGAUGGAGAUGCGGUGUUCAUGUGAGACAAUCAAAGAUGAAAUUAACACUCUUAAAAACCAGAAGAGACAAGAGAGUUUUCACCUUCAUGAAGCAAGCGUCUGUAAAGAGAUUUUGGAAAAACGGUUGGAAGAUGCACUCAAGGAAAACAACUCCUUACAUCACGAACUCGAAGCUAUACGCGAGGAAAGAGAGGAAACAAUAAAGAAGACUGCUAAGCUAGAAGAAGCAAAAGAAAAACUCAUUAAGGAAAUCAACGAGGUAAAAAAGCAGAAAGAAGUUGAGCAGAAGAUACCCGAUAGGCCAGCGCAAGAAAACAAAAAGGCAGAUGUACCGAUAGAUAAGGAGGUCUCUGAAGAAUCAAACGAACACAGAAAGCUACAUAGAGAAGACCAAGAACAAGUUACGAUCCUCCAAGAUGAGCUAAGAAAAAUUACCGAAGAUCAUAAUCAGCUAAAGGAGGAAUUACAGGAGAUAAAAGUUGUAAAGGAAAUUCUUGAACAGCAGAUUGAAAUCAUUAAAGUUCAGGGAUUGAUGGAAAAUGAGGACGCGCUUGUGUCGAAUUUUAAGCAACAUACUACCAAAGAGGAGCAGCAAGAAAUGACCACAAAUGAUGAGAUGGAAAUUGAGGAAAAGACCAAGUUACUUGAGAAAGAGAAAGGGCUUUUCGAAAAAGAGCUAACCAGGCUUCAAGUCGAAUGUAACAAGCUCAAGCAGAAACUUGCAUUAGGACAGUCACAAGUUCUGGAGGAUCAGAGGAAUGAGAGUGAAGAAAGGCAAGAACACUUGAAGAUAGAGCUUCAGAGGUUACGCGACCUGAACAAAGAGCUCGAAAACGAGUGUGAAGGUUCUAAUAAAUUAAUACACGAGCUAGAAAUAAAGACCAAGGCAUUGGAAAGCUUGGAAAAGGAGCUCCACUGCUUCCAUGAAGAAAACGACCGACUAACCCAGGAGGUAGAUAUAAUUCAACACACAAGUAAAGCCAUAACAGAUCACCAAUCUAGCAAGGAAUCACUGGAGGCAGAAAAAUCUUUAUUGAAGAAAGAACUUGAAAAUAUUCACGACUGCAACAGAACACUUCAAGAAAAGAUAGAGGACAUGGGUAAGGAGCUUGAGAUAGUUAACGAACAGAGGGAGAAAGUCAGUUCAAUAGAGAAGAUGAACGCUUCCUUAAACAAUGAGAUUGAGAAGUUACAGACGAUGCAUCAACAUCUUGAAAGCGAAUUGGCAACAACGCAUGGAAAGAUAAAAGAAAUGGAGAUCGUGAACGAUACUUUAAAAAAAGAAAACAAAGCUUUGAAGGGAAGGAUUAAUAACGAGGCGCCUCGGAGGAACGAUAACCACAGAAAGGUAUCGAGAGUAGAGAACAAAUUGAAGGGCACGUCAAAACAAGAACUAAGUAUCGCAAAGGAAGGCAAAGCAGUUUCUAAAUUGGAGGGAAAAAAUGAUGAGGACAGGGAAAAUGAUUUGCAACAGACGGUUGAACAGCUUGCAAGUGAAAGAAGCAGAUUGAAAGAUGAACAAGACAGUGUUACGAAAAACAAUCAUAACCUCAGUGUUCCUGACAAGGAUUCUCAGAGUGUCACUGUUUUAAAAGAAACAACCGAACCUCAGUCAGAAAAUGAAGAGUUUGAAGAGUUGACAAACAACAAACUGACCGGCAGCCGCGAUCAAGAAACGAACACUGAGUCCGAAAAUGAGAAGGAGAGCGCUCCCUUUGCAGUAGACGUUAAAGCUGGGCUUUCGCUGAUGGCAAAAGAAAAUCUGUUAUUGGAGAAGAAGGCAUCGUACUUUGUUAGAGCGCAGGUGCAGCUUGAACAGUCCCUUUCAAAAGCAAUGAAAGAAAACCUUUCUCUGAAGAACAAAGUAAGCGAAACAGAAAACGUCCUGACUAUACUUCGCGAGCGCGUACAUGAACUGGAGAAAAAUUCAAAUUCAAGUGCUCUGCCAUUGGUUGACUUAAAAAAAAGUGUCAUGUUGUCCAGCGACAGUGAGAGCGACUGUGAUGCAAACGAACUACCGAACAGCGGUAACAAGAAAAAAGGUCAACGUUUAGACGAUAAUUCUGCAGCUUUGCAAGAAAACACAGAGGAGCGGAACAAGAUGAGGUCUUGCCAUGAGGGUAGUGCGAUACAUUCAGUCCCAUCCAAUGUUGAUAAACUGCAACGCGAACUGGAGGAAGUGACGAAAGAAUUGGAAAAUCUCAAAAGCCAAAAGGAGAUACACAAGAUCGACUCGAAAGAAAAAAAAGACUCUGAGACUCAGAGUGAAAAAGAAGAUAAUCUUCUUCAUAAGCAAGAAGAGGAAAAUACACUUCUGAAACAAGAAAGGCAAAGUUUACUUGAAGAGCUUGAAGCGGCGACAAAUCAAAAGAAAUCCAUAGAACAUGAUCUAAGGCAGAACAAAGAGUCUUGCAUAAAGCAGGAGCAAGAAAUUAAGCUGUUACUGUCCUCAUACAGUCAAGAAAAAGAAAGUUUGUUGAAAGAACUUGAAAGUACAAGGUUAGACUGCCGCAAAGUAAAAGAGAAACUUCGAGCGUUGCAACAGAUCGAUUCUGAAUUUGCAGAUAUUCAAAAGAAAAGUACAGAAGCAGAAAAAUUGGUGACUGAACUCGAAAAAGAGUUACUUUGCCAAACUGAAAUGAAAAAUGAAUUAAAAAGAGAACUUCAGAAUUGUCAGAACAAGCUGCAAGAAAUAGAACAUCUGGAAACGAAGUUGCGAUCUUGUAGAACAGAAAUUGAAGAUCUGCACUCCACGAACAAUCAACUGAGGGAAGACAUGGAAAAAAAGAAAGAUGAAAAUAAUAAUUUAAUCGAUGAGCUGAAAAACGUCAAGAUUAAAUUACGAUCAUUGGAGAAACAGAAAAAGCAAUCAAUGAAUCGGGAUGCUAUCAUGAAAAAUAGUCAAGAUCAAAGCGUACAAACUGACUCCGGUGCUGACGUUUUUGUUCAUCGAGAUCAGGAAGUUCCUAAACAGAAAACCCAAGCAAAAGAUGUAGAGGAAACCAAGAACACCAUGGCUUGUCGAGAAUCUCACGACAUCAAUAGUCACAAAGUCUUUCCACAGUCCGAUGAACUGCUUAGUGAGAGUCGCAAAUCCAACGAGGGUGUAGACAAUGAGGCACAGGAACUUAACUCAUCCGAGAUCAAAACCAGAAAUGAAGGGAUAGAACUAGGGGAUGACAAUCGCUUUCAGGGAGUUUCUAUUCCGAUAAUAAUAAUAACCCAAGAAGACGAUACUGUCACGAUCAACAACGAAAGUACUACAGGACUAAAUCUGUUCUUAGGGGACUUCGAGAAAGAUUCGCCAAAUGAUCAAAGUACUCCUGAUGAAGAAAACCAAAAAAACACCCCUUCCAUAACGACGAUAGACGAUGUCGAGCCUUCAGUGGACAAGCAGAUUAUUCCUUUGGAAAUAUCAUCAAAUCAAGAACUAAGCGCUGUGAAAAUCCAAGAUCAAAGGACUGAAGAAAAUGUGAUAACCAUGAGUGACUCAGAAAAAAAUGGCCUACAAAAUCAAAGAAAUGGUUCCAAUAAGCAAGAAGUAAGUGCAGAGCCUGAAAUUGGUUCUAAAAAAGAUGAUUCGACCUGGAGCUCCCUUCAAAAGGAUGUACAACAGGAUGACGCCCUUUACGACGGUGAAAAGGAGGAGCCGUUGAGUCUAAGCUCUAGACGAGAAUACGAGUGGACGAUCUCCAACCUCAAGUCGGAGUUGCAACAACGCUCUGAAGACCAUGAAAGGAAUCAACAAGAAAUUGGCUCCCUUGAAGAACAACAGCUGUCUAUGAAAAGGGAAAUUGUUUCGUUGUUAAGUGAGUGUGAAUCACUCAGAGCAAAGGUAGCUUUACUACAAACUCAGAAUGAAGCCGUCUUGAAGGAACAGAUUCUAAACGAUGAGGAAAACGAAGAGCUCCAACAAAAUAUGCAAGACAUUCUUGAAGAAAAGAAUUCAAUCGAGGAAGCCAAGAAAAAACUUGAAAGUGAGAAAGCAAGACUAGAGAUCGAGUUAUCUGAUGCAAUAGAAACAAGAGAGGCAGUGGAAGGAGAGUUACUUCGCUUCAGAACCGAAAAUGCAACUUUAUCACAACACACAGUGGAAGGACAGUUGUACGAUAUUAGUGAAAGAUAUGCUAAAUUGGAAACAGUACUUUCAUGUGUUCUUGAUGAGAACUCAAAAAUGACUGCAGAGCUUUCAGCUCUCAAAGCCGAAAACGGCAUGCUUAAGAGCUUCAAGAUUAUGGAAAUAACGGACAAAUGUACGCAAUUUUCACCGAGAACAACAGAAGAUGAAAGCGAUGGAGAAGGGACACAUUCUUUAAAGAGAAGGAAAUCUACAUUAUCUAUUACUCGACAAUCUCGACUUAGUGAAGAUCUUACGAAUCAAUUGUACGUAGCCAGUCCAAAAUCCACAGGAACAGACGAGGUUAAAGACGAUGAAGAAGGAACAACAACUGACGAGUUUCCAGUGACUCCUACUCCUGCUGUCAAAGUCAAUGGUGAAUCUGACUUCGACAGAUUUGGCGAUGAUCAACGUCAGAUGAAGAAAGAUGAAGUUCCCACUUCGAUAGAGGAUGACAAUGGAAGAGAACACCGCGCCGCAAUGAGCGGCGAAUUACCGUCACUGCUGCCUCUUGCCAAAAGAAGUCUAGUGGAAAAUACUGAGCUGGAGGUGAUCUCAGUGGGAAAAAGUAUACGCAAAAAACACCAAAGAAAAACCUUAAAGGAAAGUUCUUCUCGCAAAAAGCAUUCUAAACCUGACGAUGCUGACAAAGUCGAGUCGGAUGAACAUGACUCGAGUAUGGAAGUCCACACUAGCAGCUCUCUCGUUUCGAUCACAGAUCUCGACAUAAGCAUCUCUUCUGAUCAAAUCUCGUCAGAAGAUAGCUCUGUUGUGGGUCCAGAAAUACGGGUCCUUCAAAGGAUGCAAAAAGAACUCGCAGAGACGAAAUGCAGUAAUGUUCUUGUUAAAAAUGAGUUGGCCAUUAUAAGAAAGCACAACGCAGAUCUCCAGAAUCAAGUGCAAAAGCUACUCAGCAGAAACAAUCACCUGAAAACAACAAUGUGCGACAAGGCUUUGUCUGUGAAACGGAUGGAGAAGGAAGUUUCUAACAUCCAAGAUGAGAAUAACAAGUUGCAGCAACAGGCGAUGAUUCUCCAAGACGAGAUGGCGAGCGUGGAAAAAGAAAAGGCCAAAUUUGAACGCAACAUGUCUGCAACAAAAUCUGAGAACAAGCGACUAAAAUCCGAUCUAUCAAACAUUAAAGCAGAGAGCUACAGAACCAUGAAGGAGCUGGUGAACUUGCAAAGUGAGAAUAGGAAAUUGCAGCUGGAAAUUGAGAGGCUGAAGGAAGACUCACGGAGACUAAAUGGACCUUGUAGUGACGACUCAACGUCGCAUAAAGUGCCAUUCUGGGGAACGAUGUCUCAUGGUGAUAGGAGUACAUCGCGGAGGAGUUUACAGGAAAAACAAGUUAAACAAAACACGACUCAUCUGUACGAUGCAACAAUUAGCGACCUUACUUUCAGUCACCGUCAAACUUCAAAAGAUUCGCAAGGUCCGGAGUUAUCCCCACUGAAUCUUUCUGAAGAGCUCCAGAAACAAGACACUGAUGACGACCACUAUGGCAAAACAUUUAUUGGAUCGGCAGACUCGAUCAGCAGCGAAGACAGAUCAAGAUCUUCUGAGCUUGUGUCACGGCGAGGAAGUCAGCUCUCCUUCACCAGUGAAGCAAGUCACCCUGGCGAGGGCAGUGACCGAAACGAAAUUGAACACCAAGAAAAAACUGGAGACGAACACGAAGACGAACAAGGGGGCAAAGGCAAAAGCAAGAAAAAGAUAAAAACGAUUCUACGGAAAUUCCAGCACAGCAAAAAAACAAAGUCUUCAAAGUAAUUUGUCUAUUGAACGAGUUAUUA